AUGACAACCAACUGUUCUUUUGAAGCUGUGGAUGACCUGAUGAAACAUUUGGAGCUCGUCAUCUACGUGCCCAUUUUCAUCCUCGGUUCUGUCAGUAACGUCGGAGCGCUGUUUGUCUUCUGCCACGUUCUUCCCAAAUGGACUGAGCCGACCGUCUACAUGACCAGCCUGGCGUUGAUGGACCUCGUGCUCCUGUUUCCUCUUCCUUUCAAGAUGCACGCCGCCAAUCACCUGUGGCCGGCUCACAUGCAGAGACUUUGCUCCGCUCUGGAAGGCCUGUACUUCUUCGGAAUUUACGGCAGCAUCUACACUAUCACGAGUAUAUCCGUGGAGCGCUGGUUGGCCUUGUGUCAGCCGUACAAGGCCAAAGAGCGGAGGUCACGCAGAAAAGCCCUGGUGAUCUGCGUAGGCGUGUGGGCGCUGGUUCUCGUGGUCAUUUCGACGACUAUCUCCAGUUUUAGACAACCAGGAGGCGCUGAAAUCCACUGCUUUCAUAGUUUUUCCCCACAAGGCUGGAGGCCGCUGGUGAUCGUCUGCCUUCAGGUGUUUGGGUUCCUGGUGCCCGCCCUGGUCGUGGUGUUUUGCUCGGUGAGGACCAUACGAGCGCUGCAGGGUUUGGAGCAGCACAGCCCGCAGAGCAGAGCCUACAUAAAGUACAUCUAUAGCAGUCUGUGCUCGUUCCUGCUUCCCCUGACGCCCAGUCACUUGGCCAUCCUGCUGCAGUUCCUGGUCCACCAGGGCGAGAUUGUGGACUGUGACUCAAAGACUCGCAUCAGUCUGUUCCUGCAGCUCGCCCUGUGUCUGUCCAACGUCACCUGCUGCCUGGACGCUCUCUGCUAUUACUUCAUUUUUCUGGAGGCCAGGAGCACCAGGAAGAUGUUGAAGUUAUCUACGAGCAGCCACAGGAGGCCCACGUUCAGCACGUCUGAAGUCUGACCUCUGCACAAACCAGGACUAAAUGACUUGUCAGAGCGGACCAGUCUGUAGCAAUAAAGCACCUGACUCCACUGACCACGAACACGAAAACGGAAACGUGAUAUUUGAGACAACACAUGUGGACAUUUCUGUAGCUGUUGUGUUUAUCUGUGACAACGGCAGCUUGUUUUAGUCUUGAGAUAACGCAACUGUAAAGUAAAAAGGUCUGUAGUAAGAUAGAAAAUAAAGUCUAAUAUUGGUGUGUAAGAUAAAACAUAUGUACAUAAAUGUUCAUAUUUAUUCAAAUUUUUAUUACUAUAAUUUGAAACAUUAUAAUAUAAAAAAAAUUACCCAACCCUAUUUUUUUGCAAGACAGACACAUAUAUGUAAAUAAUUUUUAUAAGCUUUUGUAUCUUUUGUAAAUUCAUUCAUUACACAUACAUUAUAAUAUCAUCUUAGUUUCCCUAUUUUUGUUAACAGUAUUUUGUUUGUUUUAAUUUAUUUGACACAUAUAUAACUAAAUACAUUU